AUGCCUGGUUUGGUCAUACGAGCAACCUCGUCGCCGAAUGUACACGACAUGUCUGGAGAAGACUCACCAAUGUCCCCGGCGGACAAAAAGCGCAACAAGUUGGGAUACCACCGCACUGCGGUAGCUUGCGGGCAUUGCCGACGUCGUAAGAUUCGUUGCAUACCCGCAUUCGAAGAUCCAGCCGGUCGAUGUCAAAACUGUAUCCGCCUGAAGAAAGAUUGUCAGUUUUUCCCCGUCGACCAGCAAAACCCUACUCCGGGAAAACGGACCCGAUCCGGGACAAAGAGUGAAGGCGUGUUCAGCGAAGGGGACGUCUCGGUCGCUUCAUCUUCCCCUGGCGGCAUUCUCAGGAGCAGCUCUUUCGAACGUAUCGAGGGAGAUGGCCCUUUAGACACACCCCCCUUAGCGACAGAUUCAGGCUACCACGGUUUCCAUCCUGCGACAAGAUCUGUCUCCUCAACAGGCUUUGAAUAUCCAAAUUCUUACGACCGUCACCAGCAGCAACAUGGGCAAGUGAUCGUGCCGUCCCCGUACCUCAGUCAGUCGCCGCGUCCAUAUGCGGCCGAGUCGAUGAAUCCAGGAUACUACCAGCCGUACGCGAACACUGUGGCGGGAUCAUAUUCGUCAGCCUACACUUCAGGAUCAACCCCAUCAAACAUGACGACCAUAUCGCAGGAGAGCACAUACAACUAUCCCACAGCACCUUUAGGUGGGGGGUAUAGUUGGGGUGGACCACCAACGCGAUCCAUGUCUGGCUCGGAAACAGAACAAUUGCACCAUGGAUUUCCUGCGGCGUUCAGGACGCACACAUAUCCUUCAUUUGAGCGGGAGACGGCAGGGAACUUGCAUCAGAUGUCGCCAGCGGAGCAUGGUGGUAUGCCGGUCGGAAUAGACAGCCCGCACGAUUCGGUUCCUCCCAAUUAUCGAGAACCUACUUCUUAUCAGCCUUUACAAAUGGACGUGCGACAAGAAUGGUCAGGAGGUGUUCCUGGUCAAGUGACGCACCUUCCUGGUUCUGGCACAACCGCAUACCCCCAAGGCUGGUAUUCUCACCAGUCUGAAUUGAUGAGUGCACGAGAUGAGGAUGAGCACUCGCACGUGUUUGCGUCACAGAGUCACACUCCUCGAGGAGGUCAGAAGCCUCCUUGA